CUUUUUUAUAUAGAGAAAAUAUUAAAUUUGUUUACUUAAUUUCAAUUUGUUAAAAUUGUUUAUUUUUAUUAUUUAUUUAAUUAAAAAUGUCCAAUUUCGAUUAUCUUUCUUAUAAAGGUAAUGCGAUUUUCCGCAAUCAACCUAAUCACUCAUAUUUCGAUAAGCCAUUCGAAGACGAACAAGAUUGUUUAUUUCAAACACUCCAUGAAAUAGAUCCACAUUUCUUGACACCUGAAGAAAAGGCACAAACUCUUAAGAUUACAUGUGUGACGGUAAUAGAUCCACGCACCCAGAAACCUAUAAACCAGCUGUGUUAUGAUCAUACGCAAGAAGAAAAAACACAAAAAUUCAAUUCACCUAAAAGAUCAAUGAUGACGGAAAAACAACAUGAAUUGGGAGUAAAAGUAUUAAACGCUCUACAACAGUGUUUGGAAGUGGACGAGGAGAACAUGUUUAACUGGUAUAGAUUACAAAAAAUACGAGUUAAUGAAAAGGAAUAUUUUCAAAGGUAUGUUUUUGAAUUAAGUCAAGUUAACAAGGAACAAAUGUAUGCUCCUUGUCGUAAAUUACUAGAAUUAUAUCAAAAAUGGUAUAAACAAAAAGUAAUUAAACUUAUAAAGAAAUAUCCAGCAGAAUCCUAUAAUACCCAUUUGGGUUUACCUCAAGUGAGACAGUGUAAAAAUGUUUUAAGUGAUGAACAAGCAGAAAUAACACAACCAGAAAUUGUUACUAAACUUGGAGCAGAAUGUCUUUGGCAGGAUGAUACAAAACAGGAAAUAAAAAAGUUAAAACAUUCUAUUAGUUCAUAUGAGGAAAUUUAUAUAAAUUCCGAAGAUUUAAAAGAAUCUUUGGAAGAACAAUUAAAAACUCAAUUUGAAAAGUUGCUGGAAGAUGAAAUGGAGGAAAAAUCUAUAUUUUAUAUACCUUUGGAAUCUUUAUUAUUUUUGUUGACAGCAGGUGAUUAUGUAGAUAUGCCCAUGGAAAUGUUAUUAAAUAUUAAAGAAACUGAAAAUUUAGAGGGUAUUACAAAAAGGUAUUUAAUAAUGGAGCAACCCUUGCCCCCAAGGCAGGCUGGUUGGCAUACUUAUCAACAAGUAGUGGAACAAGCUAUUAAAGGCAUGUUGUCCGUUAAACAAUUAAAUACCCAAGAAAAAGAAAACUUACACACUGAGAUGGGUGUAGACAACUCACCUGAAUAUAAAAUUUCUACCAUAGAAGAAUUUAUGCAAAAAACCACAACAAAAGUUAAUAAACUUUGUAAAUUUUCAAAAGUUUUAACCAAAUGGCAAUUGGGUACAUUGGAAGAUAAUGCACCGUUGAAAAUAUUUACCUCAAUAGAAUCUUUUGUCGAAAAUAAAGAUGUGUCUAUAAAACUAGAAUUUAAAGCGAAAUUUGGUUGUGAAAUCUUUACAAAAUAUGAUUUACUUAAAGAAUGGUUUAAACUUAAACUUUUACAAAAAACAAAAACCCACUGCUUACGUUUGGACACAACUAAUUAUCAAGCAUUGCUGGAAGAAACUUUAAGUAUUAGAAAAUUGGAAGAGUAUUUAUUAGUUUAUCACAUAAAUUGCCAACAAUUGUUAAACAAUCUAUAUGAAUUUCUAAAAAUGUUGUACAACAUGCCUUUGGGUCAUUAUAUGUUGCGUUAUAAUCCCAAAUUUAAGGACAAACUAAUGCUGUGUAAACCCUCUCAAGAAAUUGCACAGAACACUAUAAAUCUACACCAACUGCUGCAGACGGAUGUGACGGAUUUACAAUUUAUGACAGAUCAGAAUUUCUUGUUAAUAAAUGAAAAUCUUUGUAGUUUAAUGCAUUUACAACAUGGUAUAUUACCGGCAGCAUUCUGUCCUCGUACACAACCUAAGAAAGUUAUGAGUAGCGGACAUCUCUCAAAGCAGAAAACAGCAGUAAAACAACCAGUCAAAGAAAUAAAGAAACCUGCAAAGAAUAAAACCCAAAUGAAAAGAGCUAGAAGAAGACAGCGUCUCUAUGAGGAAAUAAAAACAAAAAAAGAUGAAAUGAAAGAAUUAAUGCAGGAAAUGGAAUUGGAUCGUAAAAUGUUAAAUAUGUAAUUAAGAAUAUGCAUGUGAAGAAGAUAUUUUAAUAAGAAAGAAAAAUUUUAAUAAAAA